AUGGCUGAAAACCUUGCCGCUGUGGAGUCCAACGUGGAGAACAUCGAUAUUCCUGAGUAUGACGAGAUUGUAUCAACAUUGUCAACGGAAGAACUGAUAUCAUUAAGUCACCAAAUGGACCAAGAGAUCGUCUCAAUGAAGCAAGAAAUCGUGAAAGGUGUGCAGCGUUCUCUGCAGUUAAACGAUAUGAUAACGAAAAACAAUGAAUUUAUCAAACGAAGCUCUAAGCUGCCGUAUCUUGUGGCGAACGUUAUGGAGGUGCUGGAUAUGGAUCCACUAGAGGACGAGAAGGAGCAAGUGGACGGAAUGGUGAUGCAGGAUUCCCAACGAAAGUGCAAAAGUGCGGUGAUUAAAACCUCCACGCGGCACAUCUGCUAUCUUCCUUUGGCUGGGCUCGUGGAUGCGGAUAAACUGACCCCGGGAGAUAUGGUUGCAGUGCAUCGGGACACUUACUUGAUGAUGGACGUCCUACCGAAGGAGCAUGAUCCGCGCGUACAGGCAAUGGAGGUGAUCGACCGUCCAACGGAGCAGUACACCGAUAUCGGUGGAUUGGACAACCAAAUCAAGGAGCUGAUCGAAGCGAUCGUGCUGCCGCUGACGCACUCGGAUAAAUUCGCACGUUUGGGCAUUCGGCCACCGAAAGGUGUGCUGAUGUAUGGACCGCCGGGCACGGGAAAAACAUUACUAGCGCGUGCCUGUGCUGCUCAAACACGUGCCACCUUCAUAAAGCUUGCCGGUCCACAGCUGGUACAGAAGUUUAUCGGUGAUGGUGCCAAGCUGGUACGGGAUGCAUUUGCGCUGGCGAAGGAAAAAUCACCGACCAUCAUCUUUAUCGAUGAGCUGGAUGCGAUCGGUACGAAGCGUUUCGAUUCGACCAGAUCGGGCGAUCGGGAGGUACAGCGCACAAUGCUUGAGCUGCUGAAUCAGCUGGAUGGGUUCGGGUCGACGGACAACAUCAAGGUGAUCGGAGCGACCAACCGGAUCGACAUCCUCGAUCCGGCCCUGCUACGUUCUGGUCGUAUUGAUAGGAAAAUUGAGUUUCCACACCCGACCGAUGAAGCACGGGCACGCAUCAUGCAGAUCCAUUCGCGCCGGAUGAACCUCAGUGCCGAUGUAAACUUUGAGGAGCUUGCCCGUUGCACGGACAACUUUAACGGAGCUCAGUGUAAGGCGGUUUGCGUGGAAGCCGGCAUGAUUGCGAUUAGUCGGUCGGCAGUCGAAGUUCGGCACGAGGACUUUAUGGAGGCGAUCAUUGAAGUGCAAGCGAAGAAGAAAGUGAACUUGAAUUAUUUCACAUAGACCAUGACGAUUGUUUUAUUUUACGCCGUUUUGUUAAAUGCUUACCAGUUUGGUUUAUUAGAAACGAAAAAUAAUUGAUGUUCUGAAGUAAGGUAUGUUCUCGUUCCUUGGACGCUAAUGUGCGGUCACUUAUUAGGUUUUAUAGGAGAGAUUAUUUUCUUUUUGUCAUGUGUUACAAUUAUGCGAUUAUUGCACCAGAACUUUUUAAGCAUUCAAAGGAGAAUUCGAAACAAAUAAUUUGUAAUGGAAAAAAGUCGUGAAAUCAGGGAAAGGAUAGCGAAUGUUA